AAAUUUUUUUUUUUUACACAACUGCUGCCCCUCUUCUCCCACGAUCUGGAUAUCAAGCUCCACUUCUCAACAAUAGCACAACAACAUGGCUUCAUACAUAAAGCUAUCAGACCUCUUCCUUUUUUGAUUUAUGUUCCCUCUAGCUCUAAUCGGGUUUAUAUUGCAAACUUAAUUCUCUAGACAUGCCACUCGAAUUGGAUGGUUUAGUUUGCUGAAUUAUUUACUUUCCUGAAUUAUUGAGUUUAGUCGUUUAUUCACUUUACAAAACAGCCUCUGUCUUCGCUGAAUUAUUUAGUUGGAAGUAGGAUACAAGCUUCUGUAAAAGCAAAAUUACUCGAUAAAUUUCAGAAGGACUUAAAAGAAGGGAAAUGUUGUGUUCUUAUGAACUUUGAAUUAUGCCCAAAUCUAGGAAAAUUUCGGAGUUGUGACCAUCCUUACAAGAUCAAUUUCAUAUUCUACACAUGUGUUAAACCAAGCGAGGAGAUUCCUAAUCUAGAAGCGUGUUUCAACUUAUGUCCUUUUCCUAAGAUAUUAGCAAGAAGAAAUGAUGAUACUAUAUUCAUUGACAUUAUUGGUGAGAUUGUUGGGAUGAAUGAAGUUAAGAGUAUCACUACUGCUGAAGGUCCAACAAAGUUGCUUAAUCUUCAGCUUAAAGAUCUUGGGGAUUCACUUAUUGAUGUUGCCUUAUGGGGUAAACUUGCAGAAGAUGUCUACUCUAAUAUUAAAUCCCAACCAUCAGGUCCUGUUGUUUUUCUUGGAAGUUUGAUGAAGACUUUGCUAUAUCAAGGUAAAGGCACAGUUCAAAGCUCAAAAUUUACAACAAAAGCUUAUAUCAAUUCUCCACUACCAGAGAUUCUUCAGUUUCAAGAAGCGUUGUGCAACGAAGAACCAAGAUUAGCUAUUACUGAAAUAAUAUCUUCAAAGUCGGCUCAUAUUUCCAAACAGUCAUUUCACUUAUCUGAAAGAAAAACAAUCAUCGAACUCAUGGAAACUAACCAAGUGAUGACCUGCAAUAUACUUGCAUCAAUUUCUCUGGAGCCAAAAGCUUCUUGGUUUUACAUCGGUUGCACGCUUUGCUUUACUAAAGCAAAACAAUAUUUUAACCCUGAAACUGAAGAAAUAGAAUUUGAUAAGUAUUCUUGUGAGAAAUGCGGUAAACAGAUAACCACGACACAACCCAGGUUUAAAUUGUUUGUCAAAGCAACAGAUAACACAGGUAGUGCUUCGUUGAUUUUAUUCAACGACGUGGUCAUUCCACUCAUAAAAAAUCAGCAUAUGAAUUGCUUGAGCAACAAAUUCCUGCUUGAUCUAGACGGUCGUAAUUAUGUUUUCAAAAUCAUGGUUAAAGAUGAGGCAAAGUAUAACCAAUCUUCUACAUACAAAGUUAUAAGUCUUACUGAUGUUCCCGAUGUUAUUCAAAGUUUCUCUGAAAGUGCUUAUACUUUGAAUGCUAUUGAACAAGAAAUAAUCACUGUCUCUGGAAAUUCAGUGGGGACUUCAAUCGGGACCUCAACUCAGGCUGAAAUUAACUUUGUUGAUAUGGAAAAAUUAGACAACAAUGAAGACAACGCUUAUAACGUUUCCACUCCAAAGCCUACAACUAAAAGAUCCUUGGCAACAUCUAAAGAUGUUCAACAAUCAUCAACGAAGCCUAAGCUAAUGUCCAAGGCUCAGAUUAAGAAGGAAAAGAAAUGAUUGUACUUAAAACUGUCGUCUCUCUUAUUUUACUAUGUUAGGACUUAGGAUUUAGGAUUCUCACUUUUUCUUAGGACUUAGGAUUUCAGAUGUUAUUAUUAUUGCUUCUCGGAUUUCUUACCAAAUAGCUUUGCCGAAAUCGAAACAGCUUCUAGAUGA